AUGUGUUAUGUUGAUUAUGUAGACAUAGAUGAGUUUUCUCUACAUGAACUUGAUGCCAUAAUGCUUGACCUAGGUUACCCAGACUCACGGAUGGAUGAAUUGACUGAUGAAUCCCCGGUGAUAUACUAUCAUUUCAGGAUACCCAAUGGUGACUUUCAAUUUGGUCUUAGAGCUUUAGGGAAUGAUCAGGAUGUUAUCAAUCUUUCUAAAUUUAUUCAAAAUAACAAGUUGAUUAAGGUGUACACAGAACAUAGGAAGACAAAUCUACUCACUUACUUCAUGUCUCUAAAUGCAAAGGGUAAAGUUGUCAUUGAGGAAUUACCAAAAAAGGAUGAUCAAGGGGUUAAAGCUGAGGCUGAAGUUCAUAGUAUAAAAGGGGUUAGAGUUGGGAAUUCAAAAAGAGGUGAAGGUUCUUGUAGCAAGAGGCUUAAUUUAGAGGAUAUUGAUGAUUUAAAUGAGAAGGAACACACUGAUGAGGGUGUUAAGGAGGUUCAGGAGGCUGCAACUGUUAUUGAAGGAUGCUACAAGCCAUUUACUUCAAAUAUUGCUAAUGUGGGGGAUGAGAUGAUUGGGGUUCAUGAUAAGGACCAUAUUGAAGGAUGCUACAACACCCCACCUAUUAAUGAUGAUGAACAAUAUAAUGAGAUUUUUUGA